UGCGGACAGCCUCCACGUAAAUACCCUUUGUACUCACAAUACGCUGCUCUGAGCCUCUGCUUUCGCAACAAUGACGAACGCACUCGACAUAACUGAACAGUAUCGGUAUGCAUCUGCUCCAUAUCGAUCUUUGACUCACCGCGCUGAUGUAAUUCUUACAGCUCCAUCCUUGAGAAAUAUCGUCCAAUCUUCAAAAUUCGAGACAAAAAGUCUGGUCAGGGCAAAUAUCCGAAAGAACGCAAUGAAGUUGAUGAGAGCAAAAUUGAGGACCAAGUCGAUUUAGACGACGAUUCCGAGAAUUGGACUGAUGAAGAUGACGAUUCUGAUGAUGAUGAUGAUGAUGAUUCUGAUGUGGAAGGGGACUUCGAAAGUCAUCCUGGCUUCGUCACCGCCACCCUUUCUUAUUUUUUGGCGCCAAUAGACGAUCAUUCAUAUUGGGAACAAUUCGAUGAUGAUGAAUUUAUCGAUGAAGAGAUCUUGUGUAAAGAAACGGUCGGAAUUGCUGAUGUCUCGUUACCCCUGCACAAACAGGCAGGUUUCCUUCGUGGUAUGAACAUCCUUCAAAAUCUGCUCGCGGCCGACACACUUCAUGGAAUCUUUGACACGAGAUUGCGUCACUCCUUCAUGCUCGACAAAUCGCGUUCUUUAGAAGAAAAUAUCGAGAGCUUUUCCGCUCUAUGUCGCCAAGGGUUGUUUGUAUUCAACUCUGCAUACGCCAUUGGAUUUCUCAAUACACUCCCCAAGGAAAUCGCAGCCUGUGUCCAGUCUGUGGUUAUCACAAAAAAAAUGACAAUGGGUGAUGAGUACGACGUUCGAGACGUCUGGUCUAAGGACCGCAACACAUAAUUCACGCCAUGUGCAAAAGCCAUGAAAGAAAACCUACCAAACCUCCGAGAGGUCUCUUUUUAUUGUACUGAAGAUACUGACUGGUACUGUAGUCACAUUCCAGACGAUAUGUGUAAGUUGCUUGAACAAGGCGCUGUUGAUAUCGUAAGAUUUCUCUACAGCUCAGAGCCCUGUUUAACGUAUGACGGCUGGUCUCUAGGGUGGAAUUCUUGCAGAGGCUCGCGGAUCUUAAUGGAGGAUAGUCCACCACCUGAUCCCCAAAUGACCUCUGAAAAAUAUGAUGAACUGUACGAAGAAUGGAAGCACAGUCCCCUCAAGUUCAACGUUGUGAGGGAGGAAGACACCAAGGAUUGGUUUGUGUCUAUCAGGAGGUUUGGGUUCUCUACAGUCAGGGGUUCGUGGGCUGUUACGAGACGUGUAGAUUCUGUGGAAUCUGUAUGAGGUCUUGGAAAGCUUUACAUUGUGCU